AUGGUGAGUCUCUCGUUGGUACUGGUUCAACCGCCAAGGCUAAUCCACCUGCAGGCCAAUCUCCCUAAUCUACGACGCCUCUUUGUCGAGGCCAGAACGGAAGUCGAGGAGAACGAGUACUCCCGCACCGCGUUCUACAAUCUAGUCCUUUUCAUCUCGUCCGUCGCUGUCUUCAGCCUCGCUGCUCAACGUAUGAGCGGACCCAAGGCCGCCCGAUGA